CGUGCGAUAUCAUUUAUUUUCCAAGAUGGUCGAUCAGUGAUAAACGAUCGGAAGAAAGUGUAGAUUUUUACGCGACAGCUGAUUUUAAUUGCUCUACGUCUUUCUUCGCGAUUCGGGAGUAUUUAGCUUUUUUUUUCUCUUCGGGCUACGAUACCAUUUUCAAAAUGCCCUCUUACUCCUUUUCCGAGUACAGAAACGCGCUGCAGAAUUAUUUGGGCAGUCGCUAUCGUCUGGUCCACAGUAAGAUCAAGGAUAUUCAGACGAUCGAUCUAGGAUCGAAAAUACCAGAGAACUUUAACGCCUUGUCGAAUCUGAGGGUAUUGGUCUCGGAUAAAAUUUCAAGAGUGCCAACGUUAAGUCGUGAAAAUUUUACUAAGUUCCAACGCGUCGUGACUGCCAGGAUCACGAAAUUCCCCUACGGUCAUCACAUGCGACACUCGUGGAUCUUUCGCUGCUGUCUGAUAGGAACUGUGAUAUCGUAUCCAAUUUUUCUUAAGAUGAACGACCUCGUAAUACCCAACGGCGAAUCUGGCAAUCACGAAGUAUCCGGUACCAAGAAAGAGAAGUUAAAGAAAUCCUGAAACGAUCGACCGACGCGACAUCUGUCGGAUCUUUUUCGAAAGUCAUUCGCAGAGUGAAAAGUAUCGUGAAGAAAAAUUAAGAGACGUGUAAUAAAAUUGAGCAAAAAAAAAAAAGAUACGUA